AAACAACAACACCCCCCCGAUUAAUUGAAGCCGCCCACUUCUCGGUCGCGCCCCACAUAACAUUCAUGAAUGAACAUGCUAUAUUUACAUUCGAGGUUCGUUCGUGAGGUUUAUUUAGUUUUUUUUCUCUUUUCUAUUGGUGUAGUCGGUUCUAUGCUGAAAGGACGAUGCGUGUAUAGAUAUCGAUUAAAUGGAAUCAGUGAUUCGCGAACGCCUUUAAUCGUCGGCAUGGUAAUGAGUGGCCUCUGGAGCGUGAGGACCCCUGCCUCGUCUCUGUUUGCCAUCAGUAGUUCUUUGGCCAUGUCGCAGGACGAUUCCAGCCCGAAGGAUUCUCAGUCCGAAUCCUCGAACAGUUCGCCGAAUGCAGUCUACAUGUUGCGCAGCGAGAAAGAGGUGAACGAUCUGAUACUCUUCGGAGCCUCUUCCACCAGACAUCAUAGGUCGGCGACGGUAAGAAGGGCAUCGCUGAAGAACAAGGAGGGAUCUUUCGCCCGAAGCCAGGAUGAUCUUAACGUGCCGGUGGUCAUCAAUCCGGAGAGGUACAGGAGGUCUCUGGACAGCACGUAUCGGCAGAGUUUGGAGUCGAUUUCGGAGUACAAGACAAAGAAAUCGUUCUCGUCGACGGCUUCCUUAGGAUACAAGGAAUCCAUAGAUUCGACCUGUUCAGAUUGCACGGAUUACGCUACAAGAAGCAGUUCCGAUCUUAAGGAUGAUUACAAGGCCUUCCCAUCACCCUGUUCAGCAACGUACUUAAGUUGGAUCGAAAGUCUGAACAACGAGCAUUUCGCCAAUCAAUCGGCGAUCUCUGAAGUCGUCGACGUCGACAGCAAAGUCGGAGAAUGGAACAACUUCUGGUUGAACUACAACAAUCCAAACAACAGAUACCUGUCCUCGCCCUACCUCUGCACUUCGAACGAAGACAAGACCGGCGACGAUAUCUCGGAUUGCAAGAGCACUUGCAGCACCCAGCGCGAGUUCAACGAGAAGCUGUCCAGCGAACACAUCAUCCUCACGUUGGAGGAGGUCCAGGAGGCGUUGCAUUGCUCGCAGAAGAUCGUCGACAUCCUGCAAAGAGCAAUGAAGAGAACCGACAACGAUACGGACCUCUUCGUCGAGAGGAGCAGACAGGAUUCCUACUACUCCCAACAAACAAACUCGUUCGAUGACCGCUCGUUCUCCUUCGCCGUUGAUCCUCAGGAGCUGCAGAAGCAGAAGAAUCUGCUGAAGCCGCCCGCUCCACCGCAACCGCCGACCAACAGCUGCAUCAACGUGCUGUUCAAUUCGGGGGUGGCGGACAUCCUGAAAAGGGUCAUCAAUAAGAGGCGCGAGGUUUUAGCACCCGAAGAGGUCGCCUCCACCGCUCGCAGCAGCUUCUCCGAGUGGACGUCCGGCGCUAAAUAAUAUUUAAUCAAUCGCUUCACGGCAACUCUCCAAAAACUAAAAAGAAGCACAGCAUAAAGUGUUCACAUCGUAAUCAUUUCAAUUUCUUGUGUUUCCUCUUCUGUAUAUAUACAUAUAUAUUUUACAAAGUUAAUCAACCCGCAAAUCAUAAAUGUGUUAUUUUGAUGAAAAGUCCAUAAUAUUUAAUAUCUAGACAGCUAAUUGUAUAUACAUUAAAGCUAA